AUGGAAGACGUGGUCGAUAAUUCUUUGGCAGAUUCUGAAAAUGAGAAUGCUGUUAAAAAAACGAAUUUAGUGGAAGAAGAAGGUUUAGGAGAUGGGGACUCGAUUGUGCCGGAGGUGGGUAUGCAGUUCAACGAUGAAAAAGAAAUGUUUGAGUUCUACAAAAGAUAUGCCCACGAUGUAGGUUUUCCCAUUCAGAAGAGGAAUUCAAAAAAAGGAGACGAUGGACUUUUAAAAUAUGUGAUAUUUACAUGUAGUCGUAAAGGUCAAAGGAAUACUAAUGUCGUUGGUUCGUUGAAGCCUCAACCAAUGACGCAGACGGAUUGUAAAGCUAGGAUCUCUACUUCUUCAAAUGUUAAUGGAACCUGGAGAAUCAACACAGUCAAUCUCAAGCACAAUCAUACAUGCAGCCCUUCAAAGUCCUGGUUUUAUCAUUGCAAUCGAAAAUUGCCAGCACAUGUGAAAAGGAAGCUUGAAGUGAAUAACAUGGCAGGAAUACCGUUGCAUAAAAGUUUCAACUCUGCAGUCGUUGAAGCUGGUGGAUAUGAGAAUUUGCCUUGUGUGGAAAAGGACUGUCGAAAUUAUAUUGAGCAAGCACGUAGGGAGUUCGGUGAUGUUGUCUCCUUUCACACCACUUACCUGACUAAUAAGUACGACAUGCCUUUCGCUCCUUUUGUUAGAGUUAACCAUCGCGGUCAAUCUACAUUGCUCGGUUGUGGUCUAUUGUCGAACGAGGACACAGAUACAUUUGUUUGGGUAUUUAAAACAUGGCUUGAGUGUAUGCAUGGUCAAGCACCCCAUGGAAUCAUUACAGACCAAGACAGGGCCAUGCAAAAUGCUAUUCAGAUCGUCUUUCCUAACACAAAGCAUAGAUGGUGUUUAUGGCACAUUUUGAAGAAAUUGCCUGAGAAGUUUGGGUACAAUGUUGACAAGGGAAACAUAUUUUCGACUAUACAUAGAUUGGUGUAUGAUUCGCAAACUGGUACAGAAUUUGAAAAAGGUUGGGGAUUGAUGAUUGAUGAGUAUGAGUUGCAUGAUAAUGACUGGUUGGCUGGACUGUAUAACAACAGAGCUCAUUAG